AUGCAUAUUUCUCUCUCCCUCCCCCUCCCCUCUCUCUCCCUCUCUCUCUCUUUCACUAUCUCAUUUUCUCACUAUCUCUUCUCUCUCCCCCUCUCUAUCUCUUUCUCUUUCUCUCUUUUUCUAUUUCUCUUUCUCUCUCAUUUACUAGCUCUAUCUAUCUGUUUCAAUCUCUUUAUCUCUUUUCUUACUUCUUUCUCCCUCUCCCUCUCUCUCUCUUUCACUAUCUCAUUUUCUCACUAUCUCUUCUCUCUCCCCCCUCUCUAUCUCUUUCUCUUUCUCUCUUUUUCUAUUUCUCUUUCUCUCUCAUUUACUAGCUCUAUCUAUCUGUUUCAAUCUCUUUAUCUCUUUUCUUACUUCUUUCUCUCUCUCCCUCUCUCUCUCUUUCACUGUCUCAUUGUCUCACUAUCUCUUCUCUCUCCCCCUCUCUAUCUCUUUCUCUUUCUCUCUUUUUCUAUUUCUCUUUCUCUCUCAUUUACUAGCUCUAUCUAUCUGUUUCAAUCUCUUUAUCUCUUUCUUACUUCUUUCUCUCUCUCCUCUCUCUUUUUCACUCUCUCUCUAUCUGUUUCAAACUCUUUUCUUACUUCUUUCUCUCUCUCCCUCUCUCUCUUUCACUAUCUCAUUUUCUCACUAUCUCUUCUCUCUCCCCUCUCUAUCUCUAUCUCUUUCUCUCUUUUUCUAUUUCUCUUUCUCUCUCAUUUACUAGCUCACUCUAUCUCUUUCUAUCUAUUUAUCUCAUUUCUUACUUCUUUCUCUCUCUCUCUCUCUCUCUCUCUCUCUCUCUCUCUCUCUCUCUCUAGUUCUGUUUCUCACAAUAUAUUGCAAUAUUAUCAGAUUUUGCUUAUACAUAUUUAUUCAAUUACUCUCUUUCUCUCUCUCUCUCUCUCUCUCUUUAUCACUCUCUCUCUCUUUCUCUCCCUCUCUCUGUUUCUCGCUCUCUCUCUCUCUCUCGCUCUGCAUAUUUCUCUAUCUCUUUUUUCUCUCUCUCCCCCUCUUUCUUUCUUUCUCUUUUUCUCUUUCUCUCUCUCUCUCUCUCUCUCUCUCUCUCUUGCUCCGUCUUAG